UCGUGGUCGUUAAUUACAGAUUUUAAAUAUAUUACGAGUCGUAUUUAUUAAAAAAAAAAGUAAUUUUACACAAGAAAUUUUUAAAAAGUUAGGUAGUGAUCAAUCUUGAUGGAUUCUCACGAGAUUGUAGUGAAAAUAAUCGACCUCUAAGUAGAACUAAAUUACGAUUACUUUAGGUAUAAAAAUAAGUGACUUUAAUAGUGCUAGUGCGAUUUACACACACAGCGCAAAAUUCAGACGCGGCUAGCGGCUAGGUGACUAUCGUUUGCGCUGGAACGAUUUGUGUCUAUUAGGGCCAGCGUAAGGACCACGUCACGCAGAAGUAUAUGGAAAUUCUCAUACAAAAGAUUUAGCUAACGCUAAAUUCUAUAACGGACGGUUUGGUGUAACCGACCUGUGACGAAAGCUGUGCGUUUUAGCCAAAGGAGGACACGAAACAGAACUUCCUACAACAUGUAUAACCAAACUUACGACGACGAAGCACCGUUACCACUAAUAGCCAACUACACAGUAGUGAAAGAAAACGAAGAAGAUGAUAAGAGGGAGCCAGAAGAUAGGGUUAUUCUAGAAAUAGGGAAAGCAGAUGACAAGCCGAGAGAAGAACACACGUUCAGCCAUAAGAAGUACGAUAAGACGACGUCGCACCACAGGUCUUAUGUGCUGGAUGAUUAUGAGGGGAGGAAGGUGACAUACUUUAGGCCGCAUGAGUUGGAGACUAGUCAAGAAGGUAUAGCGCCACCACCGUCCUACGGGAUCGGCUACCCUUACAAAGAGUACGGCCCCCCCAAAGAGUACUCCGCAUCCCUCCCCUCCCUGCCAGAUACAGUGAACUCUGAGUCCUCUCUGGACUACUCUCAUGAGGAUGUCAAGCCUGAAGCUGACGAGAAACAUUGGAAGGAACGCGCUUUGCAGCUUGAGAAAGAGUACAAAAAGACGGCUUGCGACCGGGAGCGAACGCGUAUGAGAGACAUGAACCGCGCGUUCGACCUGUUGCGCUCCAAGCUUCCUGUCACUAAACCCAGCAAGAAGAAAUACUCCAAGAUCGAGUGUCUCAGGAUAGCGAUCUGCUACAUCCGCCACUUGGAGUUCAUGCUGGCGGACGGCGCCGGCGCAGAGGACAGCAGCUUCUUCGAACUGAAUGCCGAUCUGCGGCGGCGGCAAAGGUUCUGAUACUUCCGAUCAUUGUAGUUGUAGGAAUAGAUUAAUAGCUAAGUAAUCAGUUUUUCCCUAUUUUUUUUAGAGCAUGUCGAGUUCCAUCAAUUGUAAUCAACUAAUCAUGGGUGUGCUGGUUUUAGUGUCACGCAGACCGACCGCGCGGAGCGCACUGAGAGAAAUCCAGUGGGCCCUGUCGUUUUUUCUUUCGUGUAUGAUAUCUAUUUAAAUUUAUAAUUUAUAUAUAGUAGUGUGACUACUUGAAAAAAAGAACAAAUCGAAAAAUAUUCAAUAAAAUAAUUUGAUUUGUUCCCUACUUGUAAUUUAUACCUAGUUCAAAUCUUUAAAUAAACACUCAAUGAAGUCGCAACUCACGUUACUUUUACGUGGAUUCACCCUACCGUGUUUAGAAUUUAGAUAUUCUAAAACGUGUUUUGGCAGGGGUAUGCACUAAGAUUAUGAUUAUUAUGAAUAAAGACUGUAAAGCUGUA